CUUUAUCAAUUGUGUUUAUCUCGAUACGUAUAAAAAUGCGAAAAACGUGCUAUGCUAAAUUAGAAUAUAUGCCAGCCGGCGGUCCUCGUCCGCAUGUAUCUUGAAUCUUGAUGUAUCUCAUCAAAUCUCAACAGCUCGAGUUCUCGACUUCUCGAGCAGGUUAGAUUGGACAAUUAAACGGUAUUCGUGUUUACCGCCAGAUGGCUUUGCACUCUUCGGUGAAAGAUCCCUCUGCCCUGCCGACUGGAUUGAACAGUGCCCAAUCAGUGCCCUUUUCGAACACCGGGGAACACGUGAUCACUGGCCAAUCAAAGAAGAAGAAGAAGAAGAAGGGGAACACGUGUCACACGUGAGGUGAGGAACCUACUGAGGGUCGAGGGAUCAUAUCAGAUCGUAUUUACUAAAGCAGAAGAAGAGGAAAAUCAGUUUCACAGAUCACGAAAGAUUGUGUGAAAAAGAUUUUUAACCAUGGAUUCUUCAAGUUGGAGAGAUGUUACAUCUACACAGUCUGUUUGUGAAGAAACUUUUGUCAAGGAUUACACAGAAGCAGAAGCUGAGGAAUAUUUAAAGUUUAUGAAUAAUAGAGAAAGGGUUGAGAAUAGAAAGGAGUCUUGCAAGUUAGAUAUGACGUUCCAAGAAUUAGAAGACAAUAUGCAAAAACUCUAUAGGGACGAUCUGGCUAAAGUCUAUCGAGAGUGCAGUUUUACUUACAGUCCACAAUCUAAUAAUGAUCUAUCUGUUCUGGCCAUGAAGGAUAAAAUACUACCGAUAAUCGAGACAAAUUCUGUAGUCGUCAUUCGAGGACCAACUGGCUGUGGAAAAACCACUCAGAUUCCACAAUUUAUUCUCGAUGCUAAUAUCAAAAAGAGACUUAACUGCAAUAUUAUAGUUACGCAACCAAGACGAAUCGCCGCGAUAAGCAUUGCCAAAAGAGUGUGUCAUGAAGGAGGUUGGCGUCUUGGUACCCUCGUGGGCUACAAAGUGGGUAUGCAACAGGAAGUCUCACCUGAAACCCGUUUAACUUAUUGCACCACCGAAAUUCUCCUGCAACAUUUGAUUCACCAAAAGCAUUUGUUGGACUAUACGCACAUUAUAUUGGACGAAAUUCACGAACGCGAUCAAAAUUUGGAUUUUCUUUUACUUGUGGUUAAAAGAUUAUUACAAACAAAUUCCAGACAAGUUAAAGUUAUUCUCAUGUCGGCAACAAUCGACGUAACGAAAUUCGCGAGGUACUUUUCUACAAAAGUAGAAAAUAAUUUAAUUCCAGCGCCAGUUAUCAAGAUACCCGAGAAAAGAAAUUUUCAGAUUCGUACGUAUUAUUUGGACGAGAUAAACGAUAUAGGAAAUAUACCAGAAGUAUCUGUCAUGGAACCGAAAGUCACUCAAAGCAUGAUGAAGUUUUGCUCGCUUAUUAUCAAUGCUCUAGAUGAAAUUGAUAUGAAUGAUAACGAAGAAGACUCAACGCCGCCUCAGAGACAUGCCGUUCUCGUAUUUUUGCCAGGAAUUUAUGAAAUUGAGGAAUUAUAUGAUUACUUGUCGGUUUUCCAUGAAAAAUUAUGGGACCUAACAAUUUUGCAUUCAUUGAUUUCUGAUGAUAAUGAACAGCAUCGCGUUUUCCAAAAACCACCGCAAGGUUACAGACGCAUUAUACUCUCUACAAAUAUUGCUGAAAGCAGUAUUACGGUGCCAGAUGUAAAAUAUGUGAUAGACUUUUGUCUCGUAAAACUGCUGACAUUUAAUCCUGCAACUUAUUAUCAAAGUUUGCAACUUUGUUGGGCGAGUAAAACAAAUUGUACUCAACGAGCUGGUCGCACGGGUCGUGUAAUGGAUGGCAGAGUGUACAGAUUAGUACCAAAAGCAUUUUAUGAUAAUAUUUUAGAAGACCACAGUAUGCCAGAAAUGCUCCGUGCCCCACUCGCCAAUGUCGUUCUCCGCGCCAAAAUUCUUGACCUCGACGAGCCACGUAUCCUUCUUUCACAUUCCCUUGAUCCACCUACUCUCUCUAAUUUGGCAAAUACCAUCUUAAGCUUAAAAGAGGUCGGAGCUUUGGUAGACGAUGAUUCUUAUCAACUGUUUGACGGAAAGUUAACCGAUCUCGGCAAGAUAAUGGCACAUCUUCCGUUCGACAUUCGAAUUUCGAAAUUAAUCAUGUUGGGCCAUGUUUUUGGGGUUUUACGAGACGCUAUUAUUCUGGGGGCCAGCAUGGCUGUUAAAGAUGUUUUUUCUAUGGAGCAAUGCCAUCCUACCGUUUCCUCUUAUACGAUUCGAAAAAAAUGGGCUCACAAUUCUGAUAGCGACUGCAUUGCCACCUUAAAUGUUUAUAAGACGUGGCAAAAUGAAAAAGCUAACCGUCGAUUAAACACUCAUCAAGCCGAGAGACAAUGGGGCCAGAGAAAUGGACUUCAGAUAAAAGCCUUGCGUGAAUUAGAUGCUCUGGUGAACGAGAUCACCAUUAGGUUGCUGAGAUUGGGAAUUAAAGAAAGUAUAGGAGUUAAUAAAGUCAUUUGGCAAGGUGUAGAUCGCGAUUUUGUUCUUAAACUCGUACUUGCUGGAGCUUUCUAUCCCAAUUAUUUUGUCAAACGUUUGCAAAAUCAAGAAACUUAUGAAGAAAAUAUUUCAAUGACUCUCGGCAGUUUAGAUCCUAUGAAGACAGUUUAUUUAAGAGGUUGGCCAAUGAAACAACCUGGAUAUUUAUAUGCUAAGAAAUUUCAAGAGAUUUUUUCCAAACAUCUAAGAAUUCCAGAAAAACAAAUAGUAAUAUCUUUUAAUGCAUCGCGUGUUUACGUGCAAUUUCGCGAGAAAGAAACGGACAUUGACGACAGUCUUCAAAAUAUAUCGGAGUCUGUUUAUCAGGCCGUCAUGAUGAAACAAUGCAAUAUCCCGAUUGAAAUAAAGUUGUUGAAUGUAGAAGAAGCAAAUGAGAGGGCGAGACAUUAUGAUGUCCAUAAAUUCGAAAGGAAUUUUUUCUUUCGUAGAAAUGUUAGGAUGAUAGAGACCAACGUUUCUAAAAUCAGACCAACAUUGCCAGGACUUGAUGUAACUUUUAUACCUUUAUUUAUACAAACUAUUAUUAGCCCUGGAUAUUUCUGGGCAACUCUUGACGACGAUACCACUCGUUAUGAAAUGCGAGUUAUAGAAAAGAGUCUCAACAAACAUCCUUUGAAAAAAUUUCUCUCUAUCCCAAAAACCUUCACCAUAAUCGCUGCCCCUAUGGAAAAGAAUAACUUUUCGACUUUUCAUCGUGCCAUAAUUAAAGAAUUCAUCUCAGAAGUUGGAGAAUUGGUCGACAUUUUCUUUAUUGAUCACGGUCGUUUUUCCAGAGUACGAUUAAGUGAUCUAAGAGAAAUUAAUAAUUCUACAAUCUUAAAUAUUCCUCCCUUAGCAUUUUCUUGCAAUUUAGCUUUUUUGCGACCUUCAAAUCAAAGUAAUGUUCACCAAUGGUCGGAAAGAUCGAGAAAUUAUUUUGUGGCACAAAUCAAGGAAAACGAAAAGAUAUUUGGAAAAAUUUACUCGGUUGUUGAUAGCGUUAUUAACUUAGAGUUGAUUGUGGUUAAUAAGAAAGGAGAGAGAUUUAAUGUUAAUGAGGGUUUGAUUGAAAAAGGAUAUGCUGUAAAAAGGGAAGAAACCUAUUUAUCGAAGCAUAAUCAUGAAUUAAGGACAGAUAUAGAUACGGUUAACGCAAUGUCGAUAGAGGAGAAAAAGUUUUAUGAAGAGGAACAAUAUGACAAACAUUGUUUGUUAGAAUAUCCUAAUCCACCUAGAGAAGAGGAUUGCAAUUUUAGCGUAAAACUCCAAGGUCCAGAUUCUCCCUUAGAAAUGGAGUUGAUCCAGUUGACGUUGGGUGAAAAAUUAAGGAAGAUAAGUGUAGAAAUGAAUUCCGUCAAUUCUGUCCUUUUAGAUAACGAUCUCAAUCAAUCGAGACGUCUUUUGGUCGCUCAGAGCAUCACUCAAUCCGUAAAAAAUGUUCUAACGUUAAGAAAUACCACUUUUCUGCCAAAUAUUCCUGGACUUGCGGCAUUGCUCGCGCUAAUUUUUGCACCGCGUAUGGAAUUAAGAUGCAAUUCUCGCAAAACUUAUUAUACGGGAGCUUUAUGCGGUUUGGGCCCGAUAGAUAAUUGCAUUAACCGGGCUAUGUUUCCCGAUCACGAUAUGGAAAUUCCAUUUGACGUAGAUAUCACGAUGGAUGAUGUGAAAGAGAUAAAUAAACUGCGUCACUGGAUGAAUACCGGGAUGCGUUUAGAUAACUCCAGUGACGAGGAUAUUAUAAUGUGUCAAAAUAAAAUCAAACACAUUUUACUGAACGUGAGAGACAAACAAAGACAAUUACGAAAUCCAAAAGACGACGAAAUCGAUCGUCACAGCAAUAAGUGGAAUCGCUAUAACAGACCACAUAUUUUGCCGUCCGUUCAAAAAUCUGUGAUAAAAUACGACGUAUAUCCGUUGCAUAACGCGUUAGAACUACGCGAAACAAAUGAACAGAUGGAGGAGAUGCUUCAGCAUCUCUCACAAUUACAGGAUCUUGCCUACGAGGAUGCACGCAAAAUGGCAAACGUGGCUGCUUUUUGUAAAUUAUGUGGAAAGGAAACGUUUGGCCUAUUGGAGCUACGUUGUCAUCUUCAAUCGGAGCAACAUGUAGAGAAAGAGAAACUUUUGCAGCAUCAACUACAUUAAGAGAUUAAAAAUAAUCCCGAACCAACUUGCAGAUUUUAUUGUAAUUCUGCAAGUUGGUUCUGGAUUUUUUUAAAUCUCCGAUCCUCUAUUUCAAUGGUAUAAACAUGAGAAAGCAUUUUUAUGCAUCAUUUUUUUGUUCACCUUAUGUAUUACGUAAUUAUAUAGCGAACGUAUAGUGAGAACAGAAUUCUCUGACUUAUUAUUAGAGAGAAAUGCAGUUCUAGAAUAAAAGAAGAUAAAAUAGAGACAUUCUAUUGAUUCAUGUAACAAUAGGAGCAAUUUACUUAAGUUUAUGUGAUAGUGUGGAUAUACAAAAAAGUUAUUUUUUACGUAUAUUUAAUUAUAUGUUAUCUCUACAAUAGAUAACAUAUAAUUUUAUUAUUUCUUAUGUUAAUUAAAAUAAUACGUCAUUCUCUUAAGAAGGAGUUUGCUAAAAAAAGAGAAUUUUUGUUGUCAUCCAUUAUUUACAUUGCCUAUACGUGAUCUCCAUAUUUCAAUUUCUUUGACCAAUUAAUUACUUUUACAAUUAAUUAAUUUAAUUAUAAUAUUACUUAAUUUUGUUCCUUUUUAUUUUUAUUUUUCGAAGAUUUUACACAACUAUAUUGUUGACAGGCAAAAGCCACAUAUGUACGAGUAUGUAUCACUAUAAAUAAUGUGCAUUUUGUAAUUUUUUAAGAAUAUAA